GGGGCAUAACUCCACCCAUUUCGUCACCCAAAGUCCAAACAGAACUGGACCCACCGCAGCUAACCUGCGCAGGAGGCACAGGUCCACCCUCCUCGUCCUCCAAUCCUCCGUCAAAGACUGAAAGGUUCUUGUAGGGUUACAAUUGAACAGACCCCACAAACUCCUCUGCAACUUCAGCUUUUUCUUCUCUUCAUCAUGUCUGACACUUUUCGAUUUUACCCUUCUCUCACUCCCCUCCCACCCACAACCCCACGUGGUUCCUCGAGAAUUCCUCAGCAGUUCUCCAUUCCAGGCCUCUCUAUAUCUGAUUUUCCAAGAAAAUCUUUGAAUUUUCCCCAGAAAAUUGGUGUAAGUGGAGGGAAGGUCUGGGCAUUAGCUGCUUGGAACCAAGAAGGGCCUUUGCAGGACCUGGAUGAUUCGCCGGUGUCGGUUGAACUUAAGCCCAUUUCUAGUGAUACCCAGUUCGAUCGCAUUCUUGGCGAGGCCCAGCAGCUUGAAGAAUCCGUGGCCAUUGUUUGGAUGGCAACCUGGUGCAGAAAAUGUAUAUAUUUGAAACCCAAAUUGGAGAAAUUGGCAGCUGAAUACUAUCCAAGAUUGCGAUUUUACUGUGUUGAUGUCAAUACAGUUCCACACAAGCUUGUUGCUCGUGCAGCAGUCACUGAAUGGUCACUGACCUUUUUUAGUUACAUUUCCAUGUAUGUGAAUGUGGGGAACCCGAGCAGAAGAUGCCGACUAUACAGCUGUGGAAGGACAGCAAGAAGCAAGCCGAGGUAAUUGGAGGACACAAGGCAUAUUUUGUUGUUAACGAGGUUCGUGAAAUGAUUGAAAA